AUGUCGGUGAGCAGCCUGAAGCCAUCAGUGGACGACACUUUCUACGAGUACCUCACGCUCAAUCUCUCGAAAGUGCUAAACGCCGUGCCCAGAAUCACCAAUGUCACCUGCGAGAAGCGCUACCCUUGCGAGGCGGGGCAGAUCGCGACGUGGGAGCAGCGCCACAACGUCUACUUGCCCGAUGACAUGAAGCGCUUCUAUCUGUCCACGGACGGAUUCACGCUUCACUGGAGCUAUCAGUAUUCGCCGAACGACACGAGGCGCGUUGGUUACAUCAACAUCCCUCAGAUUUGCCAUGUGACACUGCUGAGGGAGAAGAUUGAGAGUCUCAUGAGUGCCCAGAAUGCAUCGGGAAGUGGGAAAAGUGACAUGCCCAAUUUGUGCCUUCGCAGCAAAAUUUUCGAGUUGAGUAACAUUUGCGACAUCGCCAAAGUGUGUCUAAUCUAUGAGAGUCCAGAUUUGGCGAAUCCCAAGAUUUUCCUGCUGGAAGUCGCGGCGCUGAAGUGGACUUUCCUGGCUGAGACAUUCACUGAGUAUCUGCGGAUGACGAUUGCACAUCUGGGCCUGCCCUAUUGGGAGCUGUGCUUCUCCAACUGUGGCCUGCCGUCGUGGACAGAGCAGCUUUUUCUGCUGCUGGCGCCGCACUUGCUGGAGAAAAGCGAACCGCGGCGGAGUAGAGUGUGGCAGAAUAUGCCCGAGCAACCGCCCUACAACAUCUUAGACCCAUCAAUCUUCCGCACGAAGCCCAAGUGCACGCGUCAGAGUCAGAAAAUGCGGCAAAAUUGAGUCUUGUCUUAGUGCGAACAUGUAACUAUAUGCAAUCUACACUUUGUAACUUGAAUAAAAUUUAAAGAGCACAUAGAGA